GUAGGUAGGUGUGAAACUCGUAUAAAUUGGAACCAAGCUUUGGGGGGCUUGACAGACUUGGAUGGAAACAUGAGAGAAAUACAGAUGUUGACGACAAUUGUGCUAAUUGCACUAUCCUUUACUGCAUUCGUUACGCCAUCUCCGGUACAUGAACAGAAAUACUAUGCAACGGAAGAUUAUCACUAUAUCCCGACACUCGAAGAACUGCAGAGUGGCAUUGGUAUCGGUGACCCGACAAGUCGUUAUACUCCAGUUAUAAAAAUGAUAAAUGGUCAUAUCACAGAACAGUCACGUGAAGAAAUCGAACAAUUUCAUAUACAUUACGACCCAGAAAUGAAUUUAGAAGGGGAGAUGGUUGAAAGCCAGGAGGCAUACAACCAGAUGGUACAAGCUCUUGCUGAAGGAGACGAGAAAGAAGCAACUAGAGCUGAAACAGUAGCCAAAGUUUUCAUGGAGAAGGCUGGGUUGACUAUAGAAAACAAGAUAACGGAAACACCUUAUCUAUAUGACAAGGAAGGAGACAGAGCAAAGCGUUUUGUAUCAUCCUCUGCAAAAACUUCUGGUCAUUGGGAUAAAUGCAUAAUACCAUAUGAAUUCGAUCCCGAUUAUUUCACUAAUCCUAAAAGCAGUGUAGAAAUUCCAAUGAAAAUAGUUGAGUCAUACACUGGUUUCCGAUUUGUUGAAUGGAACGAGUCAACCCAAGCACUGUAUGGACUUCCUCAUAACAACAGACUUCGAUUUGUAAAUUAUGACGGGUGUUGGUCUUAUGUCGGUAAUUUGCGAGGAGAGGGCCAAAGGAUCUCGUGUUGUUCGGGGAGUACGUGCAUACAUGAGAUAGGACACGCGUUAGGAUUCCAUCACGAGCAAAAAAGCGCAAUACGUGAUGACUACAUGAGGAUAGAAUGGAAUGGAAUAAAUCCAGAUUAUUGGAGUCAGUAUUAUAUAUACAACAAAGAUUGGGCAGACCUUUUUGGAUAUUAUGAUCCUUCAUCUGUUAUGCAUUACUGGAACGGGAAAGUUGCUAAAAUGAAGGAGUCAGCGGCACACGAUGCAAUGAUAAUGGCAAAAUAUCCUAGAAGAAGACUAAAUACUUCCACAUUAUUAUCAUAUUAUGCUGAGUUUUUCCUGUCUCAUUUAUUCUGCUCCGAAGACAUAGAGUGUAAAAACGGAGGAUACUCAUCUGUUGUAAAAGGAGAGUGUACGUGCAGAUGUCCUAUUGGAUUGGAUCCUAAAACAAAGUGCUCAACACAAGAAUUAACAGAUAGCACAUUGGUUGACCGACAAUGGCCUGCAGGUUCAUUUGCCAUACUUAAUUCUGUGAAUGGGUGUCCCGAGGGCUUUGAUCUAGGAUGGCAGUAUCAUAAACCGCCGAACUAUGUAUGGGGAUCAACGCCGUAUCAUGCAACACCUUCAUGGGGUUGGUGGAGUGUACAGCACGAGUUUUGCAGUCGCACAGAUGAAGUUAAUGAUGGUCCAGAGUGGCCUCCAGGAAGUUACUGUAUUUACAGAAAGGGUGGCAGCUGUCCUACAGGUUUUGACACGGGCUACAUUCAAAUGGACGAUGCUCCCACUGGCAGGACUAACGUUACUGCAGGAGAACUCCCCGACGGUGUUUAUGGAGCAAACACGCGCUGGGAAUUUUGUUGCCGCUCGGAUUUUGCUGGUCAAGUAGAGUUUCCAACUAAAAGUUCGUUUAUAUUAUUCCACAGGGGAAGUGGAUGUCUGGACGUUAAAGGAAUGACUUCAUCUGAAGAAUAUUUUACUUGGCGAAGUGAUACUGCUGACAACUAUCAUGAAUUCGGCGGUGAAGUUCCAUAUCACUAUGACUUUAGUGAUACACUUUUUAAUCUUUACUUCUGUUACUACACGCCCAUUAAUAAAGAUUGCGGUGGUGUUUUCAACCUUGAUUCAACACCGUUGGAUAUACAAAGCAUGAAUUAUCCUAGUUCAUAUGAUUCCGAUAUUGACUGUGUCUAUACUUUACUGGCGCCUGAAAAUAAUGUCAUUCAGAUAGACUUCGAAGAAUUUGAGAUUGAUUGUGAAAUGGACACUUUGGAAGUUGCUGCAUCCUUACCAGGUCACAAAGGAGCAGCAUAUUGUGGUUCCGGGUUUAGUAAAUCCAUUAUAUCUAGUACUAAUUAUAUGAGAGUGACACUGCGCUCAACAGGGACGAGACAAAGCGGAAAUGACAUACAAUAUCGAUUUAAAGCGAGAGUCCAGCUUAAAACAGAUACUGCCGAAUGUAUCACAAAUAAAGGUAAAGACAGGAGUUAUUCUGGUGUUUCUAGUUAUACAAAGAACUUUGAGCCUUGUCUGCCUUGGAACGAGGUUCAAAACUGCAAAUACCAUAGAUUUGCUCCAGAAACAUUUGAUGACGAUCUAUCGGAGAAUUACUGUAGAUAUACUGGACACGGUACCGGGCCAUGGUGUUACACGAACGCUGAAACAUGUGCACGUGGUUAUUGCGAUGCCUGCAGCUCAAUGAAUUGUUAUGACCUUUUUGAUGACUGCAGUGAUCUGAUAGAUGCAGACCCGAGUUUCUGCUCCACAAACCUUGACGGUCAAGCUCUCAGAGGCUGUCGUUUCUCCUGUGAGCUCUGUGAGAUUAUUGAAUCGGAAACAGUAUGUCCAAAGCCCUCAAUGGUUGAAGGAAUUGCACCAUCACCAAUGAAAACGUCUUACGCAGUUGGAGAGCAGGUGGAGUAUGUUUGUCCGACUGAAAACAGCAAUGACGUAAGGACAAGAACGUGCACGUCAAGUGGCACAUGGACCGACCUUGGAUUUGUCUGCGGAGCUUGUCCAAUGGGAUGGGGUUUGGUCGACGGCAAGUGCUACAAAUGGUUCGAUACAUUCCUGAACCGUAACGAUGCUCGAGCUUACUGUGAAAAUAUGGGCGCUACUCUCCCAACAACAAAAACACAGAAACAGUUAGACUACAUCAGGAAGAUUGUCGAUGUUGACAAAGAACAAAUGCAGAUAGUUUGGCUUGCAAUGAGCAAGGUAAAUGGAGCUUAUGAAUGGGAUGAUGGAACAGACCUCGAGUUUCUUGCCUGGGGAGAGAAUGAGCCAAGUUUCUGGGGCGCUUGUGUCACUAUAAGCUCUAAUGGAUGGGGCUCAUAUGCGUGCUCGUAUGAUAAAUCAGUCGUCUGCAUGCACACACCUUCUGAGCGGACUGUGUGUGCUGACCAGUCUAGACACUGUGAAGCUUAUAUCCGGGCAACCCCAGACCUUUGUGUUAGACAACAAGACUUUGCUGAGGCUAAUUGUCCUUACUCGUGUGGUAUUUGUAAAAAUGAAGUUAUAACAAUACAACGCAGCACGUGCUUUGACGUUGACAGCAACUGUGACGCUUUAGUUAAAGCGACAGAUGAUUUUUGUGUCAGCCAUACACAGUUUGCUUACACUCACUGUCAGUCUACUUGUAACAUGUGUGACGUGCAUGUUAGUAUAGAUGAUGAAUCAGAUCAAGAAGACAUUGGAAAAAGAUGGAUGAAUUCGGAAUACAUGCCAGAGCUAAGACAACCAGAAAAACGGUCAUUUGAUGACUGUGUUGAUUCAACAACUACUAAAACGACAGAAAGCACUACUUCUACGACAGAAAGCACUACUUCUACGACAGAAAGUACUACUUCUACGACAGAAAGCACUACUUCUCCGACAGAAAGCACUACUUCUACAACAGAAAGUACUACUUCUACGACAGAAAGCACUACUUCUCCGACAGAAAGCACUACUUCUACGACAGAAAGCACUACUUCUACAACAGAAAGCACUACUUCUCCGACAGAAAGCACUACUACUCCGACAGAAAGCACUACUUCUACAACAGAAAGCACUACUUCUACCACAGAAAGCACUACAUCUACGACAGAAAGCACUACUUCUACGACAGAAAGUACUACUUCUACAACAGAAAGCACUACAUCUACGACAGAAAGCACUACUUCUACGACAGAAAGCACUACAUCUAGUACAACAACAGAACCUACAACCUCUACAGCUUCCCCGCCUGUUCAAGAUUGUGAUCCUAAUGGACAACCAGCACAUACAAACAUUAUAUCUACAGCAGACGACACGGGUCAGAUAUACGAGUACGUGUGUGACAACGGGUUCGCUCUUUCCAGCGGCAAUUUGAUUAGGGCUUGCUUAGUAACUGGAGAACUGACCGGAUCUCCACCCGUAUGUCUUAGUGAAUCAGAAGUUGAGUUACCAGUAAAUGACGUCAAUAUUCGUAGGAGGGACAGAAUUCCUUGGAAUGGAUACACAUAUACAGCUAUGAAUAAGGACUUUAUUAUAACAAAGUCGGGUAAAUUGACCAAAUGGAGAUUUUACAGCUCUCAAGACGGUGACAUUUCGUUGCAAGUUUGGCGAUUUAGCAACAACAAUAUGGACUCUGGCACUUUAAUCGGAUCUAACUUUGUGAGCGGAACCGGAAAUGACAGGAUUAGAACAAUCGAAAUUCCAGAAUCAGAACAAAUCAGCGUGCAAGUUGGUGACGUCAUUGCUAUGCAACAACCAUUAAAAAAUGCAGCUUAUAUUGGGUACACCAGGUGCGACCUGAACUACGAGCCAACACAAAACAAUCAGCUAAUUAGCAAUGCGAACGACGAACCGUCAUCCAUUGGAAGUACAUAUGGAUUCCAAACGGAUAGUAACUACGAUUGCAAAACAAUGUCUUUGAACGCAUUUAUAAAAUAAGUUGAUAGAGGUUGAUAGUUAUCAUUUCCAAACUACAUGACUGUGUGUAGAGUUUAAUGAAAACCAAUGGCAUAAUAUUGUUAAAGAUAAAAUAAAUAUGACCUGAAAAUCAAUCCAAUCAACGAUAAUAACGAUGCUUUUAUUUAGUAUAGCAGAUAAAAAUGUAUACGGUUUUAAAUAAUGAUAAUUACAACUUGGCAAAAAGGUUUGUGUCUUUGACAGCAAUACCUUCAAUUUGUGUGGCAAUAUACAUGGACCACAUUUCUAAUUUGUCACCUACAUUUGUUUUAUUUUCCUCAGCACUGGAUCGAGUAAAAAACGAAUAUUAAUACAUCACUUAAGCCUUUCUAUUUCGCAGAUUGUAUAAAAAAUCACAGAAACGAUAUAUUUGAUAAUGUUUCAAAUUCAUACACUCGUUAAUUAAAAUCUCGAAGUCAACAAAAUUAAAACUUGUGCAAAGAAUUGUCUUAAACUUUGUACGACAAAGAAAUUUAUGGAAAAAAAUGAUUUGGGAUCGCCAAAUUAAUGUUUUAGUUAUUUGCCCUGAAUGUGAGUUUUAGCUCUAUUUUGGUCAUUUUCAAGAGCAGAUAACUCAUAACGAACUUUUGCAGCUAAAAUCUUAUCUUAAUUCAAAUUCAUUUCUGUUAUUUACUUGAUUGUCACGGAGCAAACUGUGUUGAAAUUCUAUGUAACAUAUUUCAUUAUAUAGUUGAUUCUGUAAAAUGCUAAAAAAUUUAAAUGUGUUUACGUAUUGUAGGCUAGUAAAAUUUCUUGGACAAAAAUUGUUUUAAACUUGCAUAAUAACCAGAAACAAAAUGGCAAUAAAUAAGUUGAAAUAAAUUCAGACCUCAAAAUGUUUGAUUGUGAGUUACCUGAUCUUGAAAAUGACCACGAAAGUACAAAAAAUACUCUCCUUCUGGGGCAAAUAACUCACAAAGGCGUGAUUACAUGAAAGUCACGUCCCUUUAUUCAAGAAGUAUAUCACGAAAACCAAUGACAUUCGCUGAAAAAAGCAAAGUAAUUUACUUAAACAAUAUACUUUCUAGCAAGAAGUAAUUUUUAGAUUAAGUUUUCGAAUAACAAUAUCAUUUAUUUAAACUCAACAAUAAAGAUGGCAUUUACUUUUACGCCAAGAAACAUUAUCACUUACUCCUACACUCUCGAGGUUCUAUCAUUUAAUGAUUACAAGUGUUUCCACGACCGAGCUGAUGCAAAGACGUCCGUGAAACAUGAUUACAAGUGUUUCCACGACCGAGCUGAUGCAAAGACGUCCGUGAAACAUGAUUACAAGUGUUUCCACGACCGAGCUGAUGCAAAGACGUCCGUGAAACAUGAUUACAAGUGUUUCCACGACCGAGCUGAUGCAAAGACGUCGGGGAAACAUGAUUACAAGUGUUUCCACGACCGAGCUGAUGCAAAGACGUCCGUGAAACAUGAUUACAAGUGUUUCCACGACCGAGCUGAUGCAAAGACGUCCGUGAAACAUGAUUACAAGUGUUUGCACGGCCGAGCUGAUGCAACGACGUCGGGGAAACAUAAUUACAAGUGUUUGCACGGCCGAGCUGAUGCAAAGACGUCGGGGAAACAUGAUUACAAGUGUUUGCACGGCCGAGCUGAUG